AUGGUUUGGCUUGCCAACCUCGAGGCCGAAAACCUCUUGUUCACGUAUGCUCUAUUUGGUGUACAACAUGAUGAGCUCACAGACAAGAAAAAGAAGACAAUCUUGGAACUUUUCAGACUACUAAGCUCUUCUGCUGACCGGGUAGAUCAUCUUCAGGAUGAGAGCCACGAAAGUCCACGCAAAAGCUCACAAUCCACAACAUUUGUCGCUUACUGGAAAGACACUGGUAUAUACCAAAGAUGGCGAGAGAGUGACGCUUACAAGAACUUCUGGGAUAGUCUUCCUGACGAUGCAGGAGUUUGGCGGGAGGUCAUGACGGUUCCCAAAUCCCGUUAUAUGUUUGCAGCAAACCAGUACCAGACCUCCGGGUUGGCCACUAUGCUGGGACUGAAGGAAAGCUCGGAUGAAGGCUACUGGGGCGUCUACAGACAUCGACUACACGAGACGCCAGAUCAAUACACCGAUCCUGGUGAUACGUUCACUACGUCACUUGUCACAACUACAAAAGUCAAGCCUGGUACCGAAAAGAAAGUCAUCAACCUCGAAAACUUGUUUUUAAGCACCAUUCGACCAGGCCGAGUCAAGUUGACAAAGAUCCCAGAUAACCUAUGUUUCUGCCGUGAAGGGCAGAGACAGCCUCAUUUCGACAAAGCGGAACUGGAGUCCUGGCUUGAAAAUCUGGCCCCUUAUGCACAAUCUUGGAUGAACCAUUUGAACACAGCGAGGAACAAAAAUGGAGUCGUAUCAUUCACAAUGCACGUGGGACAUGAAAAUUCGAAUCCUUCGGAGAAAAAGGACAUCAAUCCGUCAGAAGACCUAAGUCUGCCCACAGAAGCUGUGGCUGAGGCGAAUCAAUUGAUGUACUUCCUCGAUCUUGCACAUUUCGAGCAAGCUGGUCGGUCGUUCAAGGAUCAUGUCAAGUUGCGUCAGAAAACCUUUGAACUCUAUGGACCGGAUGGGAAGCAUAGUAAUGGCAAGCUCUCGUUAUUUGUCGAGUUGUGUGUAUUGAAGUCUGGAGAUCUAGAAGCUGAGUAUAUUGGAUGCAAAGAGGGCACAGGCUUGAUGUUUCUUCAGGACCUUUAG